AUGAAGCUCACCACCGCCUCAAUCCUCGUGGCUGCCAGCUCAGCGCUCGCCGUUCCCACCAACAUCAAGCGCGACAGCUACAUCCAAAUCAGUGAUUUCUGGGCCAGAGCUACUCCCCAGUCCCCCGGUGCAUUCAUGCACUUUGUCGUUACCGAUCCAAACUACCCAGAGGACACACCAACCGAGUGCAACCUAAUCUGGACCUAUGGCAGCCUCCCUAAGACAAAUGCCCGCUGCAAUAAUGGCGAAUACUACAUCAAGUUCCCCAAUGGCGCUCCUGACUUCAAUUGGUUCACGCUGGAGCUUCAGAGGGUCAGUGGAUCAAUUGCUGAAGACGGCCAUGUCUUGCUGAGUUCGAAUGCGAAUGGCGCCGCGCCUGGAACCAAGUGGAUUUGUGUGAAUGAUCCGGAGCCAGGGGUUGAGAUUAGCUGUUCUUUUGAUGGGGUGCUUCAGAUGGAGGUUGCGUAA